GGGGCAGGGCGGGCUGCCCCAGGAGCGGCUUCCUUGCGGUCCUGUCCACUCCCGGCCUGUCAAGACGCGGCAGGGCGACCCGGAAGGACCGGUGUCGGGGCCGCCUGUCUCGCUGGGACAGAAGGACCACUGUUCGGCCGGCUUCCUGCCCAGGUGACGGCGUCCAGGAUGGGCCGGAAGGUGACCGUGGCCACCUGCGCGCUCAACCAGUGGGCCUUGGACUUUGAGGGCAACUUGCAAAGGAUUUUAAAGAGUAUUGAAAUUGCCAAACACAAAGGAGCCAGAUACAGGCUUGGACCAGAACUGGAAAUAUGUGGCUACGGAUGUUGGGAUCAUUAUUACGAGUCGGACACCCUCCUGCAUUCGCUCCAAGUCCUGGCCGCCCUUUUGGAAUCUCCAGUCACUCAGGACAUCAUCUGUGACGUGGGAAUGCCAGUGAUGCACCAGAAUGUCCGCUACAACUGCAGGGUGAUAUUUCUCAACAGGAAGAUCCUGCUCAUCAGACCCAAAAUGUCCUUGGCAAACGAAGGCAAUUACCGUGAGCUGCGCUGGUUUACACCAUGGUCCAAGAGUCGGCAAACAGAGGAGUAUUUUCUCCCACGGAUGAUACAGGACCUCACAGAGCAGGAAACUGUGCCCUUUGGAGAUGCAGUGCUGGCCACCUGGGACACCUGCAUUGGGAGUGAGAUCUGCGAGGAGCUCUGGACCCCCCACAGCCCGCAUGUCGACAUGGGCCUGGACGGUGUGGAGAUCUUCACCAAUGCCUCAGGCAGCCACCACGUGCUUCGCAAAGCCCACGCCAGGGUGGAUCUGGUGACCAUGGCCACCACCAAGAAUGGUGGGAUCUACCUGCUGGCCAAUCAGAAGGGCUGUGAUGGGGACCGUCUCUACUACGACGGCUGUGCCAUGAUAGCCAUGAACGGCAGCAUGUUCGCUCAGGGCUCCCAGUUCUCCCUGGAUGAUGUGGAAGUCCUCACGGCCACCUUGGAUCUGGAGGAUGUCAGAAGCUACAGGGCAGAGAUUUCGUCUCGAAACCUGGCGGCCAGCAGGGCGAGCCCCUACCCCCGAGUGAAGGUGGACUUCGCCCUGUCCUGCCGUGAGGACUUGCUGGAGCCACUGUCUGAGCGCAUCGAGUGGAAGUACCACAGCCCUAGCGAGGAGAUCAGCCUUGGCCCUGCGUGCUGGCUCUGGGAUUUUUUAAGGCGCAGCCAACAGGCGGGGUUUUUCCUGCCCCUCAGUGGUGGGGUGGACAGCGCAGCCACUGCCUGCCUCGUCUACUCCAUGUGCUGCCAGGUCUGCGAGGCCGUGAAGAAUGGAAAUCAGCAAGUUCUGACUGACGUCCAGACCAUCGUGAACGAGACCAGCUACACCCCUCAGGACCCCCGGGACCUCUGUGGACGCAUCCUGACAACCUGCUACAUGGCCAGUGAGAACUCCUCACAGGAGACAUGCAGCAGGGCCCGAGAGCUGGCCCAGCAGAUUGGAAGCCACCACGUGGGUGUCAGCAUCGACCCAGCCGUGAAAGCCAUCGUGGGCAUCUUCAGCCUGGUGACGGGUAAAAGCCCCCUGUUUGCGGCUCAUGGAGGGAGCAGCAGGGAAAACCUGGCUCUGCAGAACGUGCAGGCUCGGGUGAGGAUGGUCAUCGCCUAUCUGUUCGCUCAGCUGAGCCUCUGGUCCCGGGGUGCUCGGGGUGGACUUCUGGUGCUCGGGUCCGCCAAUGUGGAUGAGAGCCUCCUCGGCUACCUGACCAAGUACGACUGCUCCAGCGCAGACAUCAACCCCAUCGGUGGGAUCAGCAAGACGGACUUGAGAGCCUUCGUCCAGUUCUGCGUGGAGCGCUUCCAGCUUUCCGCCCUGCAGCGCAUCCUGGCAGCGCCGGCCACCGCAGAGCUGGAGCCCUUGGUCGACGGGCAGGUGUCCCAGACCGACGAGGAGGACAUGGGGAUGACGUACACAGAGCUCUCGGUCUACGGGAGGCUCAGGAAGGCGUCCAAGGCCGGGCCCUUCAGCAUGUUCUGCAGACUCCUCACCGGGUGGAGCGACACCUACACACCACGGCAGGUGGCCGACAAAGUGAAGCGAUUUUUCUCAAGGUAUUCCAUGAACAGACACAAGAUGACCACCCUCACACCCGCGUAUCAUGCUGAGAACUACAGCCCCGACGACAACAGGUUCGACCUGCGGCCCUUUCUCUACAACACGGGCUGGUCUUGGCAGUUUCGGUGCAUAGAAGAUCAGGUAUGCCGCGCAGCGGUUCUGCAGCUGGAGAGGAGAGUGCAGCAGGACCUGGACGAUGUGGACUGACGUCAGGUCUUGUGGGGGGCUCCUCUCCCGCCAGGGCCCCUGUCUCGCAGUGGCCUCACUGGUGGCCCGGAGCAGCUCGUCAACGCCUUGUUUAACAGUGUUUCAUGGGAGAGGCAUCACCCCAUACUAGUUGCCAGCAAAGUGGAAUAAAGAGAACUGAUUCCUGACUCUC